AUGGCGUCUCUCAACCUCUCUACAAACGGCGCCUCCAUCAAGAGCAGCUACAAUGCUGUCAUUGGCGGAGAUGCGCCGGCAUCCGGCUCGCCCACCUACGCUCAGUGGGCGCUCUUCUCUGUCCAAGCUCCCCUGGUCAACGCCUUCCAGGACAGCGGCUCCAAGGAGAGCGUGCUCAAGGUCCAAAGCACAGGCGAUGGCGAGCUCACCGAGCUGAUUGAAGACUUCAGCGAGGGUCGAAUCCAGUUUGCCUUUGUCAAGGUCAGGGAUCCCAAUUCGGGUCUUCCCAAGUUUGUUCUGAUCGGUUGGUGCGGAGGAGGUGUCCCUGAACGCACAAAGGGAUACUUCACCAGCCACUUGGCUGCCGUGUCCAAGAUCCUCCACGGAUAUCACGUUCAGAUUACCGCCCGCUCCGACAGCGACCUCGAGCCUGAAUCCAUCAUGCGCAAGGUUGCCGAUGCAUCAGGUGCCAAAUACUCGGCCGGAUCCUCGGCCGGAGCUGCCACACAUGCUCCCCCGCCCGUCAAGGCCAAGCCUGUCUUCACACCCUCGUCGUCAGCAGGCCGUCCUGUUGACCCUCUCGUUGCUGCUCGAUCCAGGAAUGACGCCGCUGUCGAUGCGGAUGGUUGGGGAGCAGACGCUCCUCCUGUCACUCGGACGCAGAUCGAAAAGGUCGCGCCAGCCUAUAAGCCAACCAAGGUGAACAUGGCAGAGCUUACAAGUCAGAAGCAGGAGCCUUCGCGCUUCACCGGCGCGCCCCGACAGGAGACGGGCUCUGCUGAUGUCGUUGGAGGCGGCUACCAGCCGGUGGGCAAGGUAGACAUUGCGGCCAUCAGAGCACAGGCUCAGAAGACGGGAGACGACAGGCCCACGCCAGUCAAGGGAGCGUAUGAGCCUGUCGGAAAGGUCGACAUUGCUGCAAUUAGGGCCAAGGCACAAAAACCAGCGGAACCAGCUGCACCAGAAGAGGAACAGGAGACGCAGAGCUUUUCUGACCGAGCAGCUGCUUUCUCGCAGCCAAGUGCUGGACGACUGACCUCACUCCCCAAGCCUACCGUUGCGAAGAAGUGGUCCGGAGCCUCCGCAUUCACCGGCACCAAGGCCCCAACCCCAGGUGGACUCGGAUUUGGUGGCCCGGCUGCCCCGGCCGCCCCCCCUGUUGGAGCUGCUAGCCGGACGUUUGCAGACCAAGGUGGCAAGACCCCAGCCCAGAUCUGGGCGGAGAAGAAGGCCAGAGAGGGCGGAAGCAUUGGCAGCAUCCCUGCCGCGGCGUCGCCAGUGCCAGCUGCUCAGCAGACCGGUGGCUCAUCCUGGAAGAGUGGCUACACAGGCAAGAGCUGGGCUCCAGUACAGACUGGAGGAGCCACGCGUGGUGUUGCCGAAUCUGCGGACCAGCAGGAGGCAGAAGAGACCAGAGAGGCGGCGGAGGAGGAAGAGCCCUCUGGUCCCUCAGGCGUGUCUGCCUUGAGAGAUCGUUUUAAGAACACCGCUCCCAUCGGGGCCGGCGUACCCCCAACCACACGUGCAGUCGAGGAAGAGUAUCAGGCUCCACCGCCUGUUCCGGAUGGCUCUAGGCCAGCUGGAGGCUUCGCUCUCCCCGGCCUUCCCAGCCGACCGGCGCCCGCAGACGAGGAGGAAGAGGAGGAAGAUCCUUCGGCCUACCAGCCCGUUGCCCAGGAGCGGGAGCGCUCGCCAUCGCCCAUCCGUGUCGCCGCGCCCAUCCCUCGCGGCCCUGAGCCUGUCCUCGAGAAGCCCGAGGCGCGUGCACCUCCUCCAGUCCCCGUGGAGGAAGUCCCAGUUCCCAGAGAAGAGGAGCUUCAGGACGAGCACGAGGCCGGCCACCUUGCAAGAGCCGCAGCCAGUGCCGUUGCCGAGCAGACAUUCGAGCACGCUUCUCACGCGGCCGACACUCACACCCAGCAGGGCGGCAAGCGCGCUCUCGUGCAGUAUGACUAUGAAAAGGCCGAGGAUAACGAAGUUGACCUGGUCGAGGGUGAGUAUGUUACCAACAUCGACAUGGUGGACGACGACUGGUGGAUGGGCACCAACGCCAGGGGAGAGAGCGGUCUGUUCCCCAGCAACUACGUCGAACUUGUUGAGGAUGACGCCGCACCAGCUGCUCCGGCCGCCCCCGUUGCCGCCCGAGAGCCAGAGCCGGCGCCGGCACCUGUGGCCCCCGCUGCUCCACCAGCAGCUCCGGCCGCGGCUGCUGCAGGCCCGACAGCCACGGCUUUGUAUGACUAUGAAGCUGCGGAAGAUAACGAACUGAGUUUCCCCGAGGACGCUACGAUUACCAACUUGGAGUUCCCUGACGAGGAUUGGUGGUUCGGUCACUACGGCGGCCACUCGGGUCUCUUCCCCGCCAACUAUGUCAAGCUCGACGAGUAA